UAUUGCCACCUGGUUGGAUAAUUUUUUAUCUCGUCGAAUAUUUAAACAAUUAUAAGCAGUAUGUGUAUAUGUAACAAAAAUAUUAUUUGCAUGGAGUGAUAUAAAUUCAUCAUAUAAAAUGUGGAAUUUAAAGCGGGUUUGGAUUGUUUUAGUAAGUGCUACAUUAUUGUAUGCAAAUGCAAUUGACAUUGAGGAAUAUGAAGAGGUUCAACAAGAUAAGCAGAUGCCUGCUAGAAAGCCUUUUAACUACUCAAAUGUUGUGCUGCCCCGCCCGACAGUUGGAUUGCUUUAUCCCCGCGAAUCGGAGAUGCGAGAAGUACGUUCGCUAGAUGGUGUGUGGCAACUGAUCAAGAGCAAUGCCAGCGAUCCGCUGCAGGGAAUACGAGAAGAGUGGUACAAGCAAACGCUCCGAUCAACGGAACAUGAAAUCAUUUUAAUGCCUGUGCCCGCCUCCUAUAACGAUGUGACCGUGGACCAACAACUGCGUGAUCAUGUGGGCACCGUGUGGUACGAGCGAAACUUCUUUGUGCCCAGUUAUUGGAGUAAAGAUCGUGUACGAACUUGGUUACGCUUUGGUAGCGUUCACUACCAGGCGGUUGUAUGGAUCAAUGGGCAGUUGGCAAUGCGUCACACCAUUGGACAUUUGCCCUUCGAAGAGGAAGUGGGACGGUUUAUCAAUUACGGCAAUGAGAACCGAAUCACUGUCAUGGUGGACAAUCGUCUGGGUAAUCGCACCAUUCCUCAGGGUCAAGUGACAAAGCAACCCGCUGACAAUGGCGUCGCCUAUGUCCAGUCAUACACAUUUGACUUCUUUAACUAUGCUGGCAUCCAUCGCUCCGUGCAUCUUUAUACUACACCGGAAACUUACAUCAAAGAUGUGGAACUCAAAACGCAGAUUGGAAACCAAGAAUUGGGUCGCAUCGACUAUCGUUUGAUUAUUGGCAACGGAUCUGUGUCAACUAUCAAAACUAACUAUAUGUUGGUGCAAUUGCGGGAUCGAAAUAACGUCGUGGUGGCCCAUCAGAUUAAUCACAACUUACAGAAUGGCACACUGCUCGUACCCAAUGUGAAGCCUUGGUGGCCCUACUUAAUGCAUCCUCUGCCGGGUUAUAUGUAUACCCUGGAGUUUCAACUGAAGGUGGACUCGGAAGUAGCACCGUUGGAUGUCUAUCGACUGCCCGUUGGAAUACGCAGCUUAAGCUGGAGCAAUGAUAGCUUAACCCUCAAUGGCAAACCGCUUUAUCUGCGGGGAUUUGGAAAACACGAAGACUCUGAUAUUCGUGGCAAGGGACUGGACAAUGCUGUGCUCAUGCGGGACUUUAACCUAUUGAAAUGGGUCGGAGCCAAUGCCUAUCGCACAUCGCAUUAUCCCUACUCGGAGGAGUCCAUGCAGUUUGCCGAUGAACACGGCAUCAUGAUUAUCGAUGAGUGUCCCAGUGUAAAUACGGAUUUGUUUGAGCCUCAGCUAUUGGAGAACCACAUGUCCGCCUUGGAACAACUCAUACAUCGCGAUCGCAAUCACGCAUCAGUCAUUGCCUGGUCAAUAGCCAAUGAGCCCCGCACCAAGAAGAAGUCAGCGGAGGCCUAUUUUGGCGCAUUAGCCAACUAUACGAGGAGCAUUGCCCAAGGACGUCCACUGACCGCCGCCAGCAAUGUGGAUCCACCACCAGCCUGCAUGAUGUCGCAAUUCUUGGAUAUCACGGGCUUCAAUCGUUAUAAUGCCUGGUAUCACAAUCCUGGUCGCACUGAUAUGAUUGUCCAGUCAAUGUAUGACGAGGCCAGAAAGUGGCACGAACAUUAUAAAAAACCAGUAAUUGUAUUUGAGUAUGGUGCCGACACAAUGGAAGGAUACCACAGCUUGCCAGCUUAUAUAUGGUCAGAGGACUAUCAGACGGAGCUGUUCUCUAAGCAUUUCCAAGCCUUUGACAAAUUGCGUCAACUUAAAUGGUUCAUCGGCGAGUUUGUGUGGAACUUUGCCGACUUCAAGACUGAGCAAACCUAUACACGCGUGGGUGGAAACAAGAAGGGAGUCUUCACACGCAAUCGUCAGCCCAAGGAUGCAGCUCAUCUCUUGCGGCAACGUUACCACGCAAUUGCAUUUAAACUGGACAACGCCAGCUUGCCAGCUGAUCUCUUUAACUAUAUUAUCGACUGGAACUGACUGAGCACAUUUCAUACAGUAUCAACUACUACACUUAACCAUAUAAUGUAUUACACUAUUCCAAGACCGUCGUGUUCUGCACCCGUGCAAUAAUAGGGUCAUCCUAUUCGGAGCAAUGCCAACUCUUAAUUAAAUUCUGUUGAAAUGAAAUAACCAUAUAAGCAAUUUUCGCGAUCUUUAAGCAAAUAAGUAAUGCUGUAGCAAAUUUAAGCAAACAUUGAUAAACUUUGUACGAAACGGGGAAUAAAAAAUUUAUGACUUGCUUAAGAA